CUCGGAGGGGCGCCGUCCGGCCGCUCCGCCUCCCUCUCCGUGCCACGCCGCCUCGGCUCCUCCUCCUCCGCAGCGAGCGCCCGAGCCCCCCGUCCUUGCCCUGGUCCGGGGGGCGCGGAGGCGGAGGGCUGCCGGGCUCGCGGAGCAGCAGGCCGUUCGGGUCUGGGGAUUGAAAAUGUGCCAACAACAAUGCUAGGAUUACAAUGGGAAGUGUCACACUUCGCUAUUUUUGCUAUGGCUGUCUCUUUACAUCUGUGACCUGGACAGUUCUGCUCUUUGUUUAUUUUAAUUUCAGUGAAGAGACCCAGUCUUUCAAGAAUGUGCCCAUCAAGGGGCUUGAACCUCAGAAGCCAUUCCCCAAAAGAUUCUAUCCCCAGUUUGUCAAUGGACCAGCACGCAUGCCAGAAUCUAAGCAUAGAUAUGGCAAGAUCAGGAAUCCCUUGGGAAAUGCUGCACAGGAUCCCAUCAAGAGUGAUACAGAGUUUUCCCCUGAAAUGGGUAUGAUUUUCAAUGAACAGGACCAGGAAGUGAGAGAUUUGGGCUAUCAAAAGCAUGCCUUCAAUGUGCUCAUCAGUAACCGAUUGGGAUAUCACAGAGAGGUGCCAGAUACGAGGGAUGGAAAGUGUAAAGAAAAAAUAUAUCCUCAUGAUCUGCCUUCUGCUAGUGUUAUAAUUUGCUUCUAUAACGAAGCUUUCUCUGCCUUGCUUCGGACAGUUCAUAGUGUUCUGGAUCGAACACCAUCGUAUCUUCUCCAUGAAAUUAUUUUGGUGGAUGAUAGAAGUGAAUUAGCUGAUUUAAAAGAAGACUUGGAUGUGUAUUUAACAAAAAAUCUUCCAAACAAUGUGAAACUAGUAAGAAAUGAAAAGCGAGAAGGGCUAAUUCGAGGGAGAAUGGUCGGAGCUUCCCAUGCCACAGGGAAGGUGCUUGUGUUUCUGGACAGUCACUGUGAAGUGAACGAGUUGUGGUUGCAGCCCUUGCUGACACCCAUCCAGGAAUCACGCAAAACCGUCGUCUGCCCCGUGAUCGAUAUCAUCAGUGCAGACACGCUGACCUACAGCUCUUCUCCUGUUGUCCGUGGAGGGUUCAACUGGGGCCUUCACUUUAAAUGGGAUCUUGUUCCUUUGUCGGAGUUGGAGGGACCUGAGCAGGCCACGGCUCUGAUCAAGUCCCCCACGAUGGCAGGAGGUUUGUUUGCAAUGGACAGAGAAUAUUUCAAUGUGCUUGGACAAUAUGACAGUGGCAUGGACAUCUGGGGAGGGGAGAACCUGGAAAUAUCAUUUCGGAUCUGGAUGUGUGGAGGAAAACUUCUCAUCAUCCCUUGCUCCAGAGUAGGGCACAUCUUUCGCAAAAGACGUCCCUAUGGCUCUCCAGGCGGGCAAGACACGAUGGCACACAAUUCUUUACGCCUUGCCUAUGUGUGGAUGGAUGAAUAUAAGGAACAGUAUUUUGCCCUACGUCCAGAGCUAAGAACAAGGAACUAUGGAAAUAUCACUGACCGUGUGGAAUUGAGAAAAAAACUAAACUGCAAAUCAUUUAAAUGGUAUUUAGACAACGUGUAUCCAGAGAUGCAAAUUUCUGGGCCCAAUGCCAAGGUGCAGCCUCCUGUCUUUUUCAAUAAAGAGCAGAAAAGGCCAAAAACACUGCAACGGGGAAGGCUGCGUCACCUUCAAACCAAUACAUGUCUGGUGGCGCAAAACCACCCAAGUCAGAAAGGAGGACUUGUCGUGGUCAGGGAAUGCGACUACCGUAAUAAGAAUCAGGUAUGGAUUUAUAAUGAAGAUCAUGAGCUGAUCUUAAACAACCUCCUGUGCUUGGACGUAUCUGAAACUGGCACUUCCGAUCCACCACGCCUUAUGAAAUGCCAUGGGUCAGGAGGAUCUCAGCAGUGGGUUCUUGGAAAAAAAAAUCGGCUGUAUCAGGUGUCUGUUGGGCAGUGCAUGAAGGUGGUUGAUCCACUUAAUCUCAAAGGCUACGUAACCAUGGCAAUUUGCGACGGCUCCCCCCUUCAGCAGUGGCGUUUGGAGAGCUGAGUGCGGCCUCAAGGAAUGCCCCCUUCCGCGGUAACUCUUAGCCGAGCUGCCUUUCUGAGGCUGGCGACCCUAGCUGCUAUUUCCAUCCCCGAACAUUUAAAGGAAACUAUUUUAAUGACGGUUAGAAAUCACAUUGGACUGCAGCAUCCAAGCAGAAUAGAAGCUGACCCAUUCCUCCCCCGUUCUCUCUGCAGGAGCAGAACUGCAGUCACAUUCCUCGGAGUUCAACAGUAUAUGGAAAUAUUCUAAGUCGUAACUAGGACAAUGUAAUUUAAUUAGUGAAUGCACUUAAUGAAGCGGGCCUAAAUGGUCGGAAACCUACCUUGUUCUACCAGUAUUCCUUGCAAAAGUAUUACGGUACUCUACUUCCUUUUGACUUUACAGCUGGCAUUGGAAAAAUAUUAUGUUUUAGCUUAGCCUUUUAAAAAUAAUUUUAUUAAUUUUAACGUAAUAGAUGUCCACCUGUCAUAUUUAAACUAGUUCAGAGUGUCAUUUUGAUGACUUUGGAGACCAUCCAGGUAGCAUUUGCCUGUUCAACGCAGCCCCCAGUGCUCCCCGCCCAAAGGCUUUCUUCUGUGCCAGGCAGCCUCCGGGAAGCCCAUAGGAUGAGUGUGGGAGUUGCAGUAUUAGAGCAGUGUUACUCAAGAUGUCUGGA